AUUAGAGCAAAACCCCCCAAAAAUUUCGUCAAAAAUGAUCACGCUUUCCUACUCAAAAAUCAUCUCCACAAAAACACUUUCCUCUCCCACUCCGGGUCCGGGGACACGAUUUGGUCCACUACCUUUCUUUCUCUCUCCCAUUUCUCCCUCCAUUUCUCCAUUUCUCCAUUACUUCACCUCCACCACUCUCUCUUUUCUUCUCUCUUCUUGAAUUUGAAUUCCCAAAGUUUCACUUUUCCCGAAAAGUGAUUUCAUCAUUUCCUCAAAAAAGCAUUGAUCGUUUAACCUAAUUAUUUCAUUCAUCUUUCUCUGUUCAAAGCUUUAGUUCAAGCUUCAAUAAUGGCGAAUAGUUCUGGAACUUGGAGAAAUGGAACUGCUAAAAAUUCUAUCAAGAGUUUAGCAUCUUCCAUGAAUUCAAACCCUAGGUCAUCUCUUUCUUCUUCUUCUUUGAAGUCUAAGUCGUUAUCUUCUUCUACUGCUUCUCUUCGCCGUAGCUCUCCGGCUUCUCUCUCAUCCGCUAAAAAAGAUGAUGCUGUUUUGGGAAGAGUACGAGUUGCUGUGAGGUUACGGCCUAGGAAUGCAGAGGAGUUGGUUGCGGAUGCUGAUUUUGCAGAUUGCGUGGAGCUACAACCAGAGAUGAAAAGAUUGAAGCUUCGUAAAAACAACUGGGAUUCAGAUACUUAUGAGUUUGAUGAGAUUUUGACCGAGUUUGCAUCUCAAAAGCGUGUUUAUGAGGUGGUGGCCAAACCUGUUGUUGAGAGUGUUUUGGAUGGUUAUAAUGGUACAAUUAUGGCUUAUGGACAAACUGGUACUGGCAAAACCUACACACUAGGACAACUCGGAGAGGAAGACACUGCAGGUCGUGGGAUUAUGGUGCGAGCAAUGGAGGAUAUCUUAGCCAGUAUUCGCCAGGAGACUGAUUCUGUGUUGAUCUCCUAUUUUCAGUUGUACAUGGAGACAAUACAAGAUCUACUGGAUCCUAGUAAUGAUAACAUCUCCAUCAUGGAAGACUCAAAAUCUGGUGAUGUGUCUCUGCCUGGUGCUAGUUGUGUUGAAAUCAAGGAUCAAAAAAGUUUUCUUGAGCUGCUUAGAUUGGGGGAAGCACACCGUUUUGCUGCAAAUACCAAGUUGAAUACAGAAUCUUCUCGUAGUCAUGCUGUCUUGAUGGUACAAUUAAGGAGGUCUGUCAAGGAUAAGGAUGCAGCAGUAUCAAGUGAAAAUGGAAGUAGCCCUCAUGUUAAAACUCUUAAACCUCCAGUUGUGCGCAAGGGAAAACUUGUAGUAGUUGACCUUGCAGGCUCUGAGCGUAUUGAUAAGUCAGGAAGUGAUGGACAUACCCUAGAGGAAGCUAAAUCCAUUAAUCUCUCUUUAAGUGCUCUUGGAAAGUGCAUUAAUGCUCUUGCAGAAAAUAGUGCACAUGUUCCAGUUCGCGAUUCAAAACUUACUCGAUUGCUUCGAGAUUCAUUUGGAGGAUCUGCAAGAACAUCAUUAGUUAUUACAAUUGGACCUUCUCCGCGCCAUCGAGCUGAAACAGCAAGCACCAUAAUGUUUGGACAAAGGGCUAUGAAGGUGGAAAACAUGUUGAAAAUAAAGGAAGAAUUUGAUUACAAAAGUUUAUCAAGAAAGCUUGACAUACAACUUGACAAACUAAUGGCAGAAAGUGAAAGGCUACAACAGGCUUUUCAAGUUAGGAUUGAUAAGAUGGACAAGGAAGCACAAGAUCGUGUAUCUGAGGCUGAAAGAAAGUAUGCUGAUGCAUUGGAGAAAGAAAGACAUAAAUAUCAGAAAGAUUACAUGGAAGCAGUAAAAAAGCUUGAGGAGCAAUGGGCGACCAAUCAGCGAAAGCAAAGUAAUGAAGCUAGUACAUCUGGUGGUAAAGAUGCUUUGUUAAAUAAAUCGCCCACAAGAGAGGCACCUACUACUGAAGUAGCUGACUUACGAAGAUUGAUUCAAAACGAAACAAAUCUUCGGAAAGCUUCUGAAGAGGAAGCAGCCAAUCUUAGAGUUCAGCUCAUGCAGUCAAAGAAACGAGAGGCAGCAGCAAAUUCUGAAAUUUUGAAGCUUGAACAGAUGCUGAAGGAUGAGGUUAAUCAAAGAGAGAAACUUGAACGAGAGAUAGCUAUGUUGCAAGCGCAAUUAUUACAAUUAAGCUUUGAAGCAGAUGAGACUAGAAGAAGACUAGACAAUGGGACAUCUAAAGUUAAUGGUGGUGUUGAUACUCGAGUGUCUCAAGUGCGGCCGCAAAUGAAUGAUGCAGGAAAUGAGGAUAGUAGUUCAAUAGCGAAACUCUUUGAACAGGUUGGUUUGCAGAAGAUAUUGUCAUUACUUGAAGCCGAAGAUGCCGAUGUAAGAAUUCAUGCUGUGAAAGUUGUUGCAAAUUUGGCUGCAGAAGAAACAAAUCAAGAGAAGAUUGUGGAGGCUGGUGGGCUUACUUCCUUGCUAAACCUUCUUAGAACCUCUGAUGAUGAAACCAUACAUCGAGUUGCUGCUGGUGCUAUUGCAAAUUUGGCAAUGAAUGAAACCAACCAAGAGCUGAUAAUGGCUGAAGGAGGUGUAGCUUUGCUAUCAGCAACAGCAACGAAUGCAGAGGAUCCUCAAACGCUUCGCAUGAUUGCUGGAGCAGUUGCUAACCUUUGUGGCAAUGACAAACUGCAGGCCAAUCUAAGAGGUGAAGGUGGUAUCAAGGCUUUGCUGGGAAUGGUCAGAUUUGGACACCCUGAUAUCCUUGCACAAGUUGCUCGUGGGAUUGCUAACUUCGCAAAGUGUGAAUCCAGAGCAUCUUCUCAAGGAUUUAGAACGGGAAAGUCUUUGUUGAUUGAAGAUGGUGCACUCCCUUGGAUUGUACAGAAUGCUAAUAAUGAAGCCUCAUCAAUUAGGAGGCACACAGAACUGGCACUCUGCCAUCUUGCUCAGCAUGAGGCAAAUGCUAAGGACAUGAUUAGUGGGGGAGCCUUGUGGGAACUGGUUCGUAUAUCACGUGACUGUUAUCGAGAUGAUAUUAGGAGUCUUGCACGACGUACACUCAGCUCUAGUCCCACUUUCCUAGCAGAACUCAAGCGUCUCCAUGUAGACUGUUGAAUUCCGCUUUGUAAAUAUAUUUGGUGAAUUGAAGCUUAGGAUUGUAUAGCGGGUUUAGGUAGGAGGAUUGCCCUUUUGGUUUUAGUUUAUUCUCUCAUCCAUUAUUUUCUAUUUUGGGCUGUUAAUUUCCUUAAAAAAUCAGUGAUUUUUCUUAUUCGGGAAAAUAAAUUAUAUAGCUACCAUUAUUUAACAUCCAUGAGGCUACUAGCUUGUUUCAGCUAUUAUUAAAGCAAUUUUUUUCGAGUGUUCUGAUCGAAGGAGUUGGGCAUUUGCUUCUGGCUUUUGUAAUAUGGAACUGAAUUGUAUAAAAUGAAGAGGAAUUUGUAUUUACUGAUAUAAUUAAAGUGUGACUAUGUUAAGUUGGAAAAA